CCCGCCCCCGGUCUCUUAGGUGAUGCUGCAGCCAAGAUGGCGCUGUCGGCGGCCGCGGUGGCCUGAGCGUCAUGCUCUGGGCUCUCGGCGGCGGCUGCGGCGGCGGCGGCUGUGGCCUCGGCCAGGGCCUCGAGUCUCUCCCGGGAGUGAGCGCUCGGGCGCCUCUCCUCCAGCCGGCUGAGGCGGGACGGGGAGAAGACCGCGGCGAGGAGGCGAGGCUGUGAGGACCGCGAGAGCGCGGCGCUCGGGUGCCGGGCACCAUGGCCGGGAUCAUCAAGAAGCAGAUCCUGAAGCACCUCUCCAGAUUUACCAAAAAUUUAUCUCCUGACAAGAUCAAUCUAAGCACACUUAAAGGAGAAGGUGAGCUGAAGAAUUUGGAGCUGGAUGAAGAGGUGCUGCAGAACAUGCUGGACCUGCCCACCUGGCUUGCGAUCAGCAGAGUGUUUUGCAAUAAAGCAUCCAUUCGGAUCCCAUGGACAAAACUGAAAACACAUCCUAUCUGCUUGUCUCUAGAUAAAGUAAUAAUGGAGAUGAGCACAUGUGAAGAGCCGCGCGCCCCUAAUGGCCCCUCGCCAAUUGCAACUGCUUCAGGACAGAGUGAAUAUGGCUUUGCUGAAAAAGUAGUUGAGGGAAUUACUGUCUCUGUCAAUUCUAUUGUUAUCAGAAUUGGCGCAAAAGCCUUCAAUGCAUCCUUUGAACUUUCUCAGCUACGGAUCUAUAGUGUUAACGCAAACUGGGAGCAUGGAGACUUAAAAUUUACUCGUAUUCAAGAUCCACAGAGAGGAGAGGUUUUGACAUUUAAAGAAAUAAAUUGGCAGAUGAUUCGAAUAGAGGCAGAUGCUACCCAAAGUUCACAUCUUGAAAUUAUGUGUGCUCCUGUUCGAUUAAUAACUAAUCAAUCAAAAAUCAGAGUCACACUUAAAAGAAGAUUAAAAGACUGCAAUGUCAUUGCAACAAAGUUAGUUCUUAUAUUGGAUGAUUUAUUAUGGGUUUUAACGGAUUCCCAGUUGAAGGCUAUGGUACAAUAUGCAAAGUCCCUUAGUGAAGCAAUAGAAAAAUCAACAGAGCAGAGGAAAAGCAUGGCUCCGGAACCUGCACAGAGCUCAACAGUAACCCCAUCUGCCCAGCACGUGAAGACCCCACAGACUUCAAAUGCUCCUGAUCUAAAUGAUAGAAUUGUGAAAUUAUUCAAUGACUUUGAUGUUAAAGAAACCUCCCAUCAUCUAGUGAUUUCUCACCUAGAUCUACACAUCUGUGAUGAUAUUCAUGCAAAAGAAAAAGAGUCAAACAGACGUAUUACUGGAGGUGCUAUGCAACUCUCUUUUACACAGCUGACCAUAGAUUAUUAUCCUUAUCAUAAAGCAGGAGAUAGUUGUACUCAUUGGAUGUAUUUCAGUGAUGCAACCAAAACAAAAAAUGGAUGGGCUAACGAGUUGUUACAUGAAUUCGAUUGCAACGUUGAGAUGCUUAAACAGGCUGUGAAGGAUCACAGCAUAGGUUCACCUCCUAAAUCCCCAACACAUGCCUCUCCCCAGCACACACAAACAGAGAAAGAUUCCACUCUGAAAGGGACUUCUAAAACCCCUUCAGCAUUAUCACAGCCGUCAAAAGCUAAGCUAAUGUCUAGUUCUGUUGUUGUUAGACUUGCAGAUUUCAAUAUAUACCAGGUCUCUACAGCAGAGCAGUGCCGUUCGUCCCCCAAGAGCAUGAUUUCCUGCAAUAAAAAAUCCCUGUAUCUUCCACAAGAAAUGUCAGCUAUCUACAUAGAAUUCACAGAGUAUUACUAUCCUGAUGGAAAGGACUUUCCAAUUCCAUCUCCCAACCUCUAUAGCCAGCUGAAUGCACUACAGUUUACUGUGGAUGAAAGAAGCAUUCUGUGGUUAAAUCAGUUUCUGUUGGAUUUAAAACAGAGUCUUAAUCAAUUCAUGACUGUGUACAAGUUGAAUGACAAUUCAAAAUCUGACGAGCAUGUCGAUAUCCGAGUUGAUGGUUUGAUGCUGAAGUUUGUCAUUCCUUCUGAAAUGAAAGCGGAGUGUCAUCAGGAUCAGCCACACACAGUAUCGAUUCAGAGCUCUGAAAUGAUUGCCACAAAUACGAGGCACUGUCCAAACUGCAGGCAUUCUGAUCUGGAAGCUUUGUUUCAAGACUUCAAAGAUUGUGACUUUUUUAGCAAAACAUAUACUAGAUUCCCCAAAACCUGUGACAGUUUUAAUCUUCUACAUCCAAUCUUCCAGAGACAUGCCCAUGAACAGGAUACCAAGAUGCAUGAAGUUUACAAAGGGAAUAUUACUCCCAAAUUGAAUAAAAACACUCUUAAAACAGCUGCUGCCACUGAUGUGUGGGCUGUGCACUUUUCUCAAUUUUGGAUAGACUAUGAGGGGAUGAAAAGUGGAAAAGGACGGCCGAUAAGUUUUGUAGAUUCUUUCCCUCUGUCUCUCUGGAUUUGUCAACCAAGUAGAUACGCAGAGUCACAGAAAGAGCUCCAGACCUGUGAUCAGGUCUCUCUUAAUACCUCCCAAAGUGAGUCUAGUGAUCUGGCUGGCCGACUGAAGCGGAAGAGGCUCCUGAAGGAGUAUUACAGUACAGAGUCUGAGCCCUCGGCCAGUGGCGCUCAGAAGCCUUCAUCAGAUACAGGUUUAAGGUUUUCUUCUUCCUCUGCAGAUGCAGAUAUUCACAUCCUGGUCCACGUUCAUAAACAUGUCAGUAUGCAGCUCAAUCACUACCAGUAUCUGUUCCUACUUUUCCUACACGAGUCACUCAUUCUGCUUUCAGAUAACCUACGGAAAGAUGUAGAAGCCGUGACAGGCAGUCCUGCUAGUCAGACAACCAUUUGCAUUGGAAUUCUACUUCGAAGUGCAGAACUGGCUCUGUUGCUUCAUCCAGUGGAUCGUGCAGAUACUCUUAAGUCUCCGGUUUCUGAAAGUGUGAGCCCAUUGGGUACUACUGAUUAUUUGCCCACGGAAAAUGGGGGAUUUUUAUCUUCAAAGAGAAGACAAGAUAGUAGUGGUAUAAAUCGAAUUAGGAAUGUUCCUCUUAAUCAUAUUCCAGAUAACAGAUCCAUGAGUGUUGAUCUUAGCCAUGUCCCUUUAAAAGACCCUUUGCUUUUUAAAUCAGCUAGUGACACAAAUCUGCAAAAAGGUACUUACUUUCUGGACUGUUUAUCAGAUAAACAUUUAGGGAAAAUAAGUGAAGAUGAAAGUAGUGGACUUGUUUACAAGAGUGGCUCAGGAGAAGCUAUGGCAGAAGUGAGUGGCAGAAAGCAUCCACCUUGCACAGACUCAGAUAGCAUCUUAAACUACAGAGAAGACUCAAAUACGAGAUCUUUUGAUAGUGAUGGCAAUCAAAGCAUGCUUGCAAACACUUUGGCUAGUAAAGGGAAUGAAAUUAUAGAAUCAAUCUUCAAAUCUGAGGAUUUCCUUCCAGAAACAGCUCUGCUAUCUGAGAACCUGGAAACCAGUCAAGGAGAGGCACCCCCAGCCAGAACACUUAAAUCUCAGUCAUCGCUAAGUGCAAAACCUAAGGACCGUUGCCCAUCCAACCUGGCUCCACUCUGUGUUUCUUACAAGAACAUGAAGAGAAGCUCCUCACAGAUGUCUCUGGAUUCCGUCUCACUGGAUAGCAUGAUGUUGGAAGAGCAGUUGUUAGAAAGUGAUGGCAGCGAUAGCCAUUUGUUUUUGGAAAAAGGAAUUAAAAAAAACUCAAAUACUAAUUACCAGAGCCCAGCAGAGAGUAUGAACAGCAGUGCAAAUGUGCAGAGCUGUGGGGAAGCCUCUCCAGAUGCCAUUAGUACAAAUUCAGAGGGUGCUCAAGAGAACCACGAAGACUUGAUGUCAGUUGUGGUGUUUAAAAUUACUGGUAUUAAUGGGGAAAUUGACAUCCGAGGAGAAGAUACAGAAAUCUGUCUUCAGGUGCACCAGGUGACACCAAAUCAGUUAGGCAAUAUCAGUCUGCGGCAUUAUCUUUGUAAUCGUCCAAUUGGUUCUGACCAGAAAGCUGUAAUUCAUUCCAAAUCCUCUCCCAAGAUUUCUCUGAGGUUUGAAAGUGGGCCCGGUGCUGUAAUACACUCAUUGCUUGCAGAAAAAAAUGGAUUUCUGCAAUGCCAUAUAGAAAACUUUAGUACUGAGUUUCUUACGUCUUCUCUUACAAAUAUUCAACAUUUUUUGGAAGAUGAAGCUGUUGGAACAGUAAUGCCAAUGAAGAUACAAGUUUCUAAUACAAAGAUAAAUUUAAAAGAUGACAGUCCUCGGAGUAGUGCAGUAUCCCUUGAGCCAAGUCCUGUAACUGUGCAUAUUGAUCAUCUUGUGGUGGAGAGAAAUGAUGAUGGCUCUUUUCAUAUCAGAGAUUCUCAAAUGUUUAAUACUGGAACUGAUUUGAAAGACAGUGUCACAAGUGACUCAUCAUUGCUGCCCAGUGGGAAGCAGGACCUGAAGAAACAGCCCAGUGUCACUCAAGCCACCCAGACCAGCCCAGAGCUUCCUUGGCCUUCUCACACGGCUCACUUUCCUGAGAGCUCAGUUGACUUUACUAGGGAGCAGCUAUUGGAAGAAAAUGAAUUUCUUAAACAAGAACUGGCUAAAGCUAAAAUGGCUGUUGUGGAGGCUCACUUGGAAAAAGAUGCACUUCUCCAUCAAAUAAAGGAGCUGACCCCUAAGUCUCAGGAGCAGCCAUGAGAAUACCGAUUACUACUCUGGAGUAGGAAGGGUAUCCAUUCAGCAAAUGCAGUCUCAUAAAGACGGAUUGAUGAGACGUUAACUUCUGAGCUGACGGUGCUUCUCAGGAUUGACCUACAGAAAUUUAAAAUUUCUCUAUGGUAUAAUAUUAUACUGUUUACUGUUAAUAGAGACUGAAUGUCUCCCUUAUUCCUUUAAAAUGUAUUUGGCCUUCCCAAGAAACAAUAUAAACAACAGAGAUGAUAAUA